AUGUCUGCAUCGUUUACAAAAUCAAACACACCUGUUCGCUCCACCUCCCCUACCUAUGCCAAUGUCAAAGGCUCAUCUUCCUCCGCUAGCAGUUGCAUUCCAUCCAAAAGUUCCAUCAUUGUUGCUGUCGCCGGAACUGCGGAGGUAGUCAAACGGCUUAGUCACCGGAAGAAGCGUACAUGCAUGUGCUCGCCAUCCACGCACCCUGGCUCAUUCCGGUGUAGCCUCCACAAGAACUCUGGCCCGGCGGUGGCUCCAUUGCCAAAAAGUCUCAACACGCGGAUAUCGGCCAUGAUGAACUCGCUUGUGAGAAUCAGUGGCGUUAAGGAAGAGCUCCUUAGGAGAGCGCUGGCGGCUCAGAUUAGAUGUUCGUCGCAUAAACAACACCGGCGUAAUGAUUUUCGGCCGCGACCUAGCAGGUUUUCUGUCAUGUCCAGAUAUAGUUAA